AUGGCGCAAAAGGCAAAGAAGGAUAGGGCCAAGUCCAACGCCGCCGCUCUGAACAACCUGCACAUCGGCUCUGCCAUUGUCAAUGUCAGCUUUCUUCUGUUCCACUUCUUGAUCAAGUCGAGGUCUCUUUUCUGGUUCAUUAUCCUCUCUGCCCCAGCCUUGAUCUGCGAGUUCGUCCUGGAGAACGCGGGACGCCCCAAGUAUGAUGCGGGAGGAGGCCUCAAGGCUUCGGGCGAGGACCUGGCAGCCGCCGGCUUGACUGAGUACAUGUUUGACGUCGUCUGGGUCACCUGGGCAUCUGUUGUUCUCGUCAUCCUGUUCGGCAACUGGGGCUGGCUGCUGUGGCUCGCCGUCCCGGCAUACGGCGCCUACGCUGGAGUUGGUCUGCUCGGAGCUGGCAAGAGAAUGGCCCAAGGUAUGCAGGGUGCUGGCAACAACGAAGCUCCUGUGCCCGCCAACCGCAAACAGCGCCGUGCGGCAUAA